AUGAAUGUAUCAACUAGUGCAUUAGGAGUAAGAAGAAGAAAAGUAGCAACUCAAAAUAUUGAUGAUGAAGAAAAUGCUGCGGUAUUAAAAUUAGGACCAGAAUUUCAACUAAAUCAAAUUACUAAUGAUGGAGAACAACAACAAUUAAUUGCAUUAAAUUUAUCUGAAGCAAGAUUAUUAAUUCGAGCAGCAUUAAAAGAAAGAAAACAUAAUAAAAAUAAAAAUAAGAAAAAGAAAAGUAAUAAUAAUAAUAAUAUUAAUAAUAAAAGUCGUUUGAAUGGGAAUGGAAGUAAUGAUAUUAAUAAUAAUGGCAGUGGGAAUGGAAAUGGAGAUAUCACAAAUGAUGGGAAUAAUAUAAGUAAUAAUGAUACUAAUACUAAUACUAAUACGAAUGAAGACAACAUAAAUGGAGAUAAAGGAAAUAAUGAAAAGGAAGAAGAUGAAGACGAUGAUGACGACGACGACGAUGAUGAUGAUGAUGAUGAAAAUUCAAAAGAAGAUGAAAUAUCAAAUAUGGAAUUAGCAGGACCAAAUUCAAAUGAAAUUGUUCAUAAAACAUUAAAUUUUUUAACUAAUUUUGCUAGAUUUAAAAAUCGAUCAAGUUGUGAAACCGUUGAAAAAUUAUUAAAUGAUUUUAGUGAUCAUUGUAAUGAAUCAUUACAUCCAUUUGAAUUAGCUCAAUUAGGUACAUUAGAAUGUGAAGACCCUGAGGAGGCAAAAUCUUUAAUACCUAGUUUACAAAAUAAAGUAUCAGAUGUACAAUUACAAACUUUAUUAACUGAAUUAAGAAAAUAUCAAACAUUAUCAUAA